GCUUUUCUACUGUUUUAUGUGUUGAUUGCACAAAACAAGCAAUUCGAAGACAAUAUCUUGGCUUUCCAGGAUAUUGUGAUGAUGAUUUUACAGACCAAACGAUUCAUAAUUUAAUUGAGAAAUUAAAUAAUUACAGCCCUGGGAAAAUGUAGCCUACAGUAUGAAAUGCAACAGAGACCCUGAGCACAAUCCAACCAGGGACGUUGAAGUUACAUGGUAUGCAUCUUAACCAACAGGAUGCUUUAACCUGGCUGUGACCUCUUUAAUCUCUGUCUGUCUUUCUGAUUUGUGUUUGCGGCAUCAAGUCAUCACCAUCACCUCAAGAACACAUGUGUACACAUCCGUCCUUCUCCAAGAGUGGUGGUGCUGAGCUGGCAAGGACACGAAGAAGAAAGGAAAAUCAGUCAUCAUCAGCCCACAUGGACCAGGCUUCUCACCCUGCGCCACAGUUUGAGGUAGACCUGGACCUGGGCUUCGCUCUCUUCUUCCUCUUCGUCCUUUGUUUCUUCCUGCUGGUGACGGUUGUGCGCUGUGCCCAGACUGUAGUGGAUCCUUACGGCUCCAUCUCUACCUCCACCUACCAGGAAGAGCAGAUCACCUGAGAGGGAGAGGAGGGUGUAAUCAGUCAGUAACAGGAUUCUAGAAAAGUAAGAUAAACACUCAUUGCUGCAUUACUAUAGCCUAUAAGACAUAUAUUUAGACCAUGCAGCUUUUGAAUGGAUAUGAAGUAUACAUGGCAGGAGUCAGGCAACUUUUGGAGAAAAAAGGAGUCAUACUUACAUUUUCAUGGAAGUGUUUGUGCCUACUAGCCUACUACUGAGCACACUCCCAGAGGCCCAAGAUGUCUCGUUGUGUAAAACAAUGUUCUUAAUCAUGUUUAUUUGCUCAUGUCCAGUGAUCUGAUUCUGUUACUAUUAGUCACUCCUAGUAGCAAUCAUAUUUAUCUUAUUAUAGGUCUCCAAUUUUCCAUAUCUAGACUAUACUGUAGCCUAUAUGAAAAAAUAAAGACCACUAAACCAUGUAGCUAGCCUAUAGAACUACAUGGUAGGCCAGGGGUGGCUAUAUCCAGUCCAGCAUAAAGAGCCAAAAAACGAACCAUAGCGAGCCACACAACACAACACACGCCACAACAGCGGCUUACAGAUCUAAUGUCAUAAUACAAAGCAGAACUGUUUUAUAGGUUUCUUUCUUACCUAGACCGACUAUUUGGGAAACUUGACAGUCUUUGUUGUCCACAAGCCUUUUUUUUAGGUCUGGCUUGUACUCAGCUGUGGCCACUCGAAGCAACUCUUUCACAGAACGAUGUUUUGACUUACCUGUUUCAGUGUAGAAAACACUGAUCCACAAAAGUUGCUGCAAACGUUGACAUUAACUUGAGUGCAGCCUGUUUAACAUUGGGAUAUCUGUCUGUGGACACUGUUUUCCAGAGCUCUAGUUCCUUCUCUCGACACAGAUUUAAGUCUGUCAUCCUCACAAGGUUAAAUCAUCUCCAAGUGGGAUGCUUCAUUUGUCAAUCGGCCGAUAUGUAGACAAUAGUCAUUCCUCCGUGGGCUCAUAAUGUGGCCUCUCAUAAUGUGUCCAUUGAAUAAGAUGGUAAUGCAGCAGCAACUAAAACAUAUGCUUCUUUG